AUGACUACGAAUUCGUCGCGAGAUUCAUGUCUGAAAGCUCUUAGACUUGAUCAAUGGCUAGAACAAGCCGAAAAUUUCCUGUCUCCUUAUUUGGAGAAAAAAGUCACAGUUGUGGCUCUUAUCGGUAAGGAUUCUCUAAAUCGUGCCAAAGGCGAGGACCUCAAUGAUUUCUUAAGGAUGGAUGUGUUUCCUCGCUGGACUGCAGAAGAGGAUACGAUGUCGAUCCAAGCCUUCUACUGUGUGGAUACAAACGUCAUUUAUUUGGUUGUGAACACCUGCGGAGACUUCACACAUCUUCGAAAAAUUUUCGCAGAUAACUCAGGGAAGAACUUCUUCGAAAGGAUAGCUGAGUCAGAGGAGGCAGAGAUUCGGCUACUUCAUUUUGUUAGUAUAUUUUCACACAUGGUAAUAUUCGUGGAGAGCAGUACUCGUUUCGACGUUUCUCUUUCUGAGAAGUUAUCAAGCGUGAACAAACUGAGGAAGAACGUACGCGAGGAUAUUAGUGAAUUACUGGAGGAGUCCACAAAGGAAGCAACCGAGUGGAUCAAGGAAGGACGUAUCGCUUGCCCUCGUAUUGUGUUUGCAUUCCAAAGGAAUAUUAUACGAAAUGAGCUCGGUUUUGUCAAGAAACGCGAAAUAUGCGAAAAAUUGGAACACAGCCUUGAAUCACAGAUCUACUCAGUCCUGAAGUGCUUUAAAUUGGUGGAUCAAUCAGAUGGAGACUCAUUCGGUUAUAUUCCUGAGAAUGAUGCAUUCGUGAACGUAAUGCAACCUGUGGCUGUAAAUGUGAAUCCGUUGUCUGAUAUCCUGCAGAUUGCGCUUGGGGAGGAAGUGAAUGACGAUACGGAUGAGAAAACAGAAAGGAUACCCUCGUUCAGCAGAUUUCUGAGAAUCCAGCUUGAUGCUGUUCGCAUGGAGAAGUCAAAGAUUUAUGAGACUCCAAAACUGAAUUUAUGGAUAAAAUACGCUAAGGCUGCGCUGGAAAUUAUCACUCCUAACUCGGAAAUCGUCAGUAAGAAAUUAGUGAACCAGUAUGUGAAUAGACAGUUACAGUUCAUGCGAAUGCUCAACGCUAAACAUCUGAAGGAAGCGAUUGCACGUUACACAGGGGCGUCUCCUGGAUUUGGCAAGGGCAAGGUAAUUACUGAGCGAGGACGGAACCAGGUAUUCACCAAAGCUGAACAUGACCAGAAGGUUGCUCUCGCUAUUGCUUACUUGGACGCAGUACUGGUUGGAGAUCGUGACGAUGCAAUUGCACAGGUUCGCGCCGCCUGCGAUAAUUUAUGGCAAGGAGGAAUGAGAGGUUGCGAGGAGAUCUCAAUGACUGGAAAUCGUUGUCAGCUGAAGGUUCAUGCUACAAUAGGCGAUGCAUCCGUACCAAGCUCUGAAUGGGAAAUGCAUUCUAAUGAUGUCACAUACCUUUCAACGUGCUCUUGUGGCCGACGUCAAGCUGUGCGAAGGGAUCCGUUCACUCUCAAAGAAGCAAAUUACGAUUUCUAUUUUGAAAACAAGAUUUUUUCGUGUUGUGCUGGAUUGGAAAAGCACGUGUUUGCGGUAUUGGACGAUGACAGUAGUGAUGCUGACAAGGAUUUGUGGUCCGGCAACGAAAACUGGGAUGAAGGUGAAGCGGGUGGCUCUAAUCCUCUUUAUCGGGUGCCUUCAGCAAUGUCGAGGGAACGUCAGAAUCCCGAGGACGAUGCCCAUCCGACAGAAGGUGAAGAAGAAGAUGGCAUCGGGAGUGACACCGGGGAAGAUACGGUAAGCAACGCAGAGCCUGAAACGAUUGAAAGCUCGUCACAAUCAUCGGUGGAUGAUGACGUUCGCUUCCGAGAUAUGCGGUCGUAUCUUGAUGAUGAAUCAGUUUCUUUUGUGAAGAUUCCUCAUACGAAGCUGGACGAGGCAGCAAUCGCCUUCGAAGCCCGGCUUAAGAAGUUAAGAGCAAAGCAGGCGAAGCAGCGCCAUAUUGCACUGGUGCCACAUUCACGUCACCAGUGCAACAAGCCACUAGUUAUUUUUGAACUGGGUUUAAUCGCUUUGACAGCACGUGUGCUGGAUGCCUUACACGUGUUUUUCAUGAGAACAAAAGGACAUUCAUAA